GCGCCCCGCCGCACCAUGCCCCGCCACCGCGCGCGCGCCGCCGCCCUCCCCCUCCUCCCGCUGCCGCUGCCGCUGCUGCUGCUGCUCCUCCACGGGCCGCCCGCCAGCCCGGCCCCGCUGAACGGUUCCAAGUGGACUUACAUUGGUCCGACUGGGGAGAAGAGCUGGUCCAAGAAGUAUCCGUCCUGUGGGGGCCUCCUGCAGUCCCCGAUAGACCUGCACGGUGACAUCCUUCAGUAUGAUCCCAGCCUUGUGCCCCUCCAGUUCCAUGGUUACAACGUGUCCACCGACAAGUGGUUGAACCUGACCAAUGAUGGCCAUUCAGUGAGACUGAACUUGGUCUCGGACAUGCAUAUCCAGGGCCUCCACUCCCACCAGUACAGAGCCGAGCAGCUGCACCUGCACUGGGGAGAGCGCAGCGCCCCCCACGGCUCUGAGCACACCAUCAGCGGGAAGCACUUCGCCGCCGAGCUGCACAUUGUUCAUUAUAACUCAGAUCUCUACCCCGACUUCAGCACUGCCAGUGACAAGUCAGAAGGCCUUGCUGUCCUUGCGGUUCUCAUUGAGAUGGGCUCCUUCAAUCCAUCCUAUGACAAGAUCUUCAGCCAUCUUCAACAUGUAAGGUACAAAGGCCAGCAGAUGCUCAUCCCAGGCUUCAACAUCGAAGAACUGCUUCCGGAGAAGCCUGAUGAGUUCUACCGCUACAAGGGAUCCCUGACCACCCCUCCUUGCCACCCCACUGUGCUCUGGACAGUUUUCCGAAACCCUGUGCAAAUUUCACAGAAGCAGCUGCUGGAUUUGGAGACAGCUCUGUAUUUCACACAUGUAGACGACCCUUCCCCCAGGGAAAUGGUCAACAACUUCCGGCAGGUGCAGAAGUUUGAUGAGCGACUGGUGUAUAUCUCCUUCCGACAAGUGGGAAUGCUUCCGGACACAGGACUGAGUGUGGGCAUCAUCCUUUCCGUGGCCCUGGCUGGUGUUCUUGGCAUCUGCAUUGUCCUGGCAGUGGCCAUUUGGCUUUUCAGAAGGAAGAAGAGCAGCCAAAAAGGUGACAGCAAAGGAGUCAUUUACAAACCAGCCAUCAAGAAGGAGAUGGAGGCCCACGCCUGAGAUCCCUGGCACCCCUGGAAGUCCAAGGAAGGACCCUGCCUUGGACAAAACACAUUGGCUCUCCCGACACUGGAAAUACCUGUUUCCUGAAGCUCCACCUGUAAACACCCCAGACCUUUGUGAGGGGGCCUCCUGCUGGCUGCCCCUUUGCCCUGGUGUCAGUCCCCCCCUCUCCCCCAGUGUGAGCCACAGAUGGGACAGGUUGAUUGCUGGGUGAGAGAUGGCUAAAAAGUGCUGGACUGUGGGUCACAAAUUAAGCCACCUCCUGUUGGGCGGUUGUGUUUGGCAAAUGCCUUUCGGUGGGUAUGCUUUCAACUGUCCUUGAAAUCCUGCACCUUCUCCAAGUUUCCAGACUAGAAUGUGUACUCUCUGCUUAGGCAGUAUUCUCAAAACUCAGUGUCUUUCCUGGGCAGAGUCAUUGUAUCCCUGGGCUCUCCAUCUUUUCUGUCCAACCCUUCAGUCUGACCAGAUAAGAAGGGCCAGGUUGUCAGAAAGCAAAAUGAAAACACAAGAUGACUUGUAAUAAUAUAUUGGGGACAUCUCCAGUCUGUCCUUUGGGUCAGACACACUGAUUGGACCUUAGAGCAAGGUGGCCUCAAGUUCUAUUUCUUGUUGCAAAUGAAAGGGAGGCAGAGAGAAAGUGGGGAGAGAGGAGACAAGGAUGGGAGGGAGAAUAGGGGAACUCCCUUGAGAAGGAACUGGAACUACAAGUUGCUUAUCAAGCCACUGUCUACAGGCAGUUGUAGUCUGUAUUUCCUGUUUUAUAACUGGGCCAUUCCUUGAAGACAAGUUGCUUUCUUUCUCUGACAGUACUCAUGAGUUCCCCGAUGACCCAAUUUGCUUUUGAGCCUAUGGGAAAUGGGCAGAAGUAAAAAUGAUUGUAGAGCCUUGUCUCUUACCGGAAUGUUCGUUUCUGCCACUUCUGUGAUGUCCGUACUGCCAACCUGGAAUCCGGACUUCAUUCCUCUGUGAGGGCAUCUGUACAAGCAGGGGCUGGCAGUCCUAUUACUGAAGGACCAGUGACAAUGGAAUGUUACUAAGAUUCUCUGAGUUCUUUCUUUUCAGCCACAAAGGAAGUUUCUGAGACUUGAUUCCUUCUUCCUUUCCCUCCCAUAGAGAGAACACUGUAGAGAUCACCCUAAUUGGUAGUUUCUUGCAGUUUACAGGAAUCUCCUGAAUCUCCGUCUCAUCUUGACAGCAUGGAAUGUUCUCUUGAAGCGUAAAUUUCUAAUUUUUUUUCUUUUGCUAGUACUGAGGAUGAACUCAGGGCCUCACACUUGCUUGGCUUGCUUGGUCUGCCAGUACUCUACCAUCCGAGCCAUGCCUCCAGCCUGGCUUUUUGCUGAUUAUUUUGGAGAUGGAGGUUUGCAGACUUUUCUGUCUGGGCUGGCUUCAAACUGUGCUCCUCUGGACCUCAGCCUCCUGAGUAGCUAGGAUUACAAACCUGAGCCAUUGGCGCUUGGCUCUGAAGUAUACAUUUCUUUAUAAUAUCUAUUUUUUUAAUCCAGUUUUCUCUAUAACUUGGAAAAAAAACCUAACCUUUUCUGCUGCCACAAUUUUUCAUAGUGAUGAAACCCUAUGUCUUUGUAGUCUGUUUCAGUAGGCAGAGUUAUGGGUGACUUAGUGGGGUCUCAUAAGUGUAUCUGGGGUGACAGCAAGGACAAUGCUCUUCUCCAAGCAACAUAAUUUAAGUAACUUCUUGGCCUUGGUCCAACACUGUCACUCAGAAACCAGCAUAAACUCCAGAGCCAUGAAACUGCCUUUCCAUAAACCGUGUUCCUGAAUGAGUUUUGAGAGAGAAGAAACUUGCCCAGAAGUUAGACGGGCAGAAAGGGCCCUGUCUUCUACAGUCUUCCCUUUGCCUUCCCUUGCCACAGAGGCUCCUGAACCUCUUGAUUCUGCUUACUAUCUUCUGGUAUAAUUCGUGAAAAUCUGUAGCUGUCACUUUAGGAGAUGUUCUAGGAUUUGCUGUGUAGAUUCACAACCCUGUUCCAAGUGAGAGGCCUAAAUUCCACUCCCUCAUGAAACUCUCUGAAAACUCCCCCCAACCAAUCUUGGGGAAGCGCUGGGGUUGGUAGCACCCCUCCGUCCCUGUGCCUUUUGGCUCGAGGUCACUGUGAUGAUGGUCUGUUUAACACUUGUGUAUUUAUUGCACCAAUGAUUGUAAUGAAGAUGUGCACUGUAAAUACAAGAAAUUAUAAUAAAAUGUUUUUCACAUCA